GGCUCUCCCUCACUCUCCACUCCAUAUAUACUCCUUCACUUCCCCUUCUUCUCUUCCAAAUCCUUCUCUUUCCUCUCCAAUUUACCUGGUGAUUCAUUAAUCAAUGCACCUAAUUCACUGAUUCUUAACCCAUUCAAGUAACUAAAAAGAACAAUGGCGAGCCUAAUUUCCAUGGCUCCCCUGUUCCUCCUCUGUUUCUUCCCCUGCGCCUUCGCCGCCCACGACUACGGCUCCGCCCUAACCAAGAGCCUUCUCUUCUUCGAAGCUCAGAGAUCCGGAGUCCUACCCCGUAACCAGCGCGUCACGUGGCGGUCCCAUUCCGGUCUCCAAGAUGGCAAAGCCAGUGGAGUGGACUUGGUGGGAGGGUACUACGACGCUGGCGACAAUGUCAAAUUUGGACUGCCAAUGGCUUUCACUGUCACCAUGAUGAGUUGGAGCAUUUUGGAAUACAAGGCCCAAUUGGCGGGCAGUGGCGAGCUUGGCCACGCCAUGGAUGCUGUCAAGUGGGGCACUGAUUACUUCAUCAAGGCUCACCCUGAACCCAAUGUUUUAUACGGCGAGGUUGGAGAUGGGAACACUGACCACUACUGCUGGCAGCGUCCCGAGGAUAUGACGACCGACCGCCGGGCUUACCGGCUUGACCCGAGUAACCCCGGGUCGGAUCUUGCCGGAGAAACUGCUGCCGCCAUGGCCGCCGCUUCUCUCGUCUUUCGCUCUUCUAACCCCGCUUAUGCUAACAAGCUUCUCUCCCAUGCCUACCAGCUGUUCGAUUUUGCGAACAAAUACAGGGGCAAAUAUGACAGUAGUAUUACAGUGGCCCAGAAGUACUACCGAUCUGUCAGUGGAUACAAUGACGAGUUACUAUGGGCGGCGGCAUGGCUGUACCAAGCAAGCAACAACCAAUACUACCUGAAAUACCUCGCCGACAACGGCGAUUCCAUGGGUGGCACCGGCUGGAGCAUGACGGAGUUCAGUUGGGACGUCAAAUACGCCGGAGUCCAAACCCUAGUCGCCAAAUUCCUCAUGCAGGGCAAGGCCGGCGCCUACGCUCCAGUUUUCCGGCGAUACCAGGAGAAAGCCGAGGCAUUCCUUUGUUCGUGUUUAAGAAAAGGGAAUCGGAAUGUUCAGGUUACCCCCGGGGGUCUCAUUUUCCGGCAAAGAUGGAACAAUAUGCAGUUUGUCACCACCGCCUCCUUCAUCGCCACCGUCUAUUCUGAUUACCUGACCUCGUCCCGUGGUUCCUUGAAGUGCGCCGCCGGCUAUGUCCGACCCUCUGAAUUACUCACCUUCGCUAAAUCUCAGGUGGAUUACAUUCUUGGCGACAAUCCAAGAGCCACGAGCUACAUGGUGGGAUACGGCAACAAUUUCCCCCGCCGCGUCCACCACCGUGGAUCCUCCAUCGUCUCCUACAAAAUCAGCUCCAAAUUCAUCGCCUGCAGAGAAGGUUACGCUACUUGGUUCAGCAAGAAAUCCGGCGACCCGAAUGUCCUCACCGGCGCCCUCGUCGGCGGCCCCGACGCCUACGACAACUUCGCGGACGAACGUGACAACUAUGAACAAACAGAGCCUGCCACUUACAACAACGCUCCUCUUCUCGGCGUGUUAGCGAGAUUCCACGGCGGGCAUUCCGGCUUCAAUCAGCUCCUUCCAGUAGCCGUUCCGCUUCCACCGGCACCAAAAAGAAACCCAAAUCCUGGUUCUUCUUCUUCUUCUUCUUCAAGCCCGGUUGUGAUUUUACAAAGGGUAACGAGUUCAUGGAAGGACAAGGGAAGAAUUUACUACAGAUAUUCCACGGUUAUCACAAACAAAUCGUGGAAAACAGUGAGAAAUCUUGAGCUUUCGAUUUCGAAGCUGUAUGGGCCGUUAUGGGGGCUGACGAAUUCUGGGAAAUCGUACACCUUCCCGAAAUGGGUGAAUUCUCUGGGCCCUCAGAAGAGCUUGGAGUUUGUGUAUAUUCACUCUGCUUCUGAAGCGAAUGUGUCUGUUUUGCGCUAUGAUUUGGGCUGAGGAUGAGGAGUGGUGGGAUUUGAUCCAACUGUGCAGAUUAUAAGAUUGAGUUUGGUGUUUUUGGAAGGAAAGGAACUUUACUUUUUUUUUUUUUACUUGGUGUUUAUGCAACUCAAAGAAUGAGGGUAUAUUUGUACUUUCCUUGUAAUUGAGUUAGGGUUGUAGAUCUCUCUUCUUCUUCCCUCUU